CGCAUUUAUAGGUAAAUUUGCACUGAUGCAUGUAUGACUGUUUUUCUGUGCCGUGUUCUUUCAGAUGGAUGGGUGGAUGGAUGGAAUCAAGCCAAGGUUUUGAUGGAAAAAUAGUGUCACGGAGAUGAUUGGGCUCUGCUUCCAUUACAAAUUGAUCCCUAAACCCAUUUUCUUUACCAUGCAUUGUACAAAGCUUUUGUUACUGGGAACAGAUGCUAGCAUUAAAGCUAAUUUAUUUUGUUCUGUGUUGGGCAGGAGCUCUUGUGCCCUGUUUUUAAGACAAGUCUCACAUCACUGCUUUACUCGUGCAUUGAUUGCAGCAUACUGGAGAGUCAUUCUCCCAGGAUUGUGAAGAAUGUAUUCACCGCAACGGAGGGACUUUAUAUCAGUGACCCUGGGUAGCCAGGCAGGAAGGAACUAUGACAACAGUAAAACCUGGCGAAGACAGUCAUUUUGGAGGAAAUGGAAACAGCUGUCAAGAUUGCAGCGAAGUUUAAUUGCCUUCAUGUUUAUCUUCAUGAUGUUCUGUGGUAUUGCAACAUAUCUUAACCUGUCUGAACACUGGCAAGUCGUUGAAGGUCGUGACCAAGAACUGAAGCAAGUUAAGCCAGUGGUCGUACCUGCACUAGAUGUGCUUUUAUCAAAGGCAACGUUUAUCUCCCAACAACCAAAACUUAAAAGACCAAAUCUGAACAAGCGUGGGCCACCAUUUUUACAAAAUCGUUUGUCGAAGAACGAAAAAGAGGAACCAAAAAUCAGGAAGAAUAAUGAAGCUGAAGCUGAUGACAAAGAUAAAGAAAAAAUUAACAUUGUCAGUUGGCGUGGAAUGGAGAUCGCACCUGAAUUGGUUACUGCAGCUCCACCCGAUUCAAAGAAAGAGGAGAAGCCAGUGUUGCAUGAAAAAGUAAACACCAAAGAAACAGCCACUGUAAACAAGCAGCAGAUGGCAGUGAUAGAAGCAUUCCAGCAUGCGUGGAAAGGAUACAAACAGUACGCCUGGGGUCAUGACGAACUGAAGCCGAUUUCUAAGACCUACAGUGAAUGGUUCGGCUUAGGACUGACGCUGAUUGAUGCCCUGGACACCAUGUGGAUUUUAGGCCAAAAACAAGAAUUUGAAGAAGCCAAGAAAUGGGUGAUUGAUGAAUUGAAUCUUGGUAAAAGCGUGGAUGUGAAUUUGUUUGAGACGACAAUUCGUAUUCUCGGUGGAUUACUCAGCGUGUACAAUCUAACUGGAGAUCAAGUCUUCCUGGAUAAAGCAAGUGAGCUGGGGGAUCGUCUGAUGCCAGCCUUCAAUACUCCGUCCAAGAUUCCGUAUUCUGACGUGAACAUUGGCCUUGGAACUGCUCAUCCUCCCCGCUGGACCUCUGACAGUACUGUGGCAGAGGUGACCAGCAUUCAGCUCGAGUUUCGGGAGCUGAGCCGCCUCACCAAAAAAGAUAAGUACCAGGCAGCGGUAGAUGAUGUAAUGAAACAAAUUCACAGACUGGAGGGGAAGAAGGAUGGAUUGGUGCCAAUGUUCAUAAACACCAACUCAGGAAAAUUUAGCCACCUUGGUGUCUAUACGCUUGGUGCCAGGGCUGACAGCUACUAUGAGUAUCUCCUUAAACAGUGGAUCCAAGGAGGAAGGAAAGAGGCAGACUUGCUGGAAGACUAUCUACAGGCUAUAGAGGGGGUCACGAAGAACUUAAUUCGAAAAUCAGAACCAAACAAACUGACCUUUGUAGGUGAAUUGUCCCAUAAUCAAUUCAGUCCAAAGAUGGAUAUGGUGGUUUGUUUCCUUCCUGGGACUCUAGCUUUAGGAGUUCAUCAUGGGCUUAGUGCCAAUCACAUGAAACUGGCCAAGGAACUGAUAGAAACCUGCUAUCAAAUGUAUGCACAGAUUGAAACUGGAUUAAGCCCAGAGAUUGUGUAUUUCAAUCUGAAUCCACACAAUGCCAAGGAUGUUGAAGUUAAGCCUGCAGACAGACACAACCUUUUAAGGCCUGAGACAGUAGAAAGCCUUUUCUACAUGUAUAGAUUUACAAGGGAUAAGAAAUACCAGGAAUGGGGCUGGGAGAUUUUUCAAAACUUCAACAAAUAUACUCGGGUCGAUACUGGAGGUUAUACUUCCAUUAAUAAUGUGCAGAGUUCUGAGAACCCUGAACCUCGGGAUAAAAUGGAGAGCUUCUUCCUUGGAGAAACAUUGAAAUAUUUCUUCCUCCUUUUUUCUGAUGAAUUUAACUUAAUCAGUCUGGACAAAUAUAUAUUUAACACUGAAGCACAUAUUCUUCCAAUAUGGACAACCUGAUAAAUGUAGGAAUGAUUUGAGUUUCGUCUUGAUACAUGGUACAUCUUAGUUGUGGGAUCUGUGGUGUCAGUUGGAGAUGAUCACUGUGGAAGAUUUGCAUUAAUCACUGUGAAAGUUCAGAGCUACACAGGGGUGUGUCAAAGAAGUGGCCAUGGCUGCAGCGAUGCGUUGAGAAAAAAAUGUGAACAUAAAUAUUCCAAACCAGGGAACAAUUAUACGAGUUGCACUUGAAUUGACUUGUUUUGUAUAUUACAAAAGAUGCUUACCAGAUGUUGCCUCCAUUGUUCAUUCAUUCAUUCCUGCCAAAUUCAGUCGAAUAGAGAAAUAUUUUAUGUAUUUUUAAAUUAAAUGUCCUGAAUCCAGAAAUGGGGCAGAUUUUAUGGAUAUAAAGACUGAAUUGACGGGUAAAUUCCUAUAAAUAUUGGUAAAUAGGAAAGUUAAUUAUAUAGUUGGUUAAAUAUAGAUUAUUCAAAAUUGAUUUAUUCAUGUGUUACCAUUACAGUCCAAAAUAUUGAUGUUUAUGUAAAUAUGUUGUGAAAUUAUAUUUGCAUUACAUACAUGUGACAUAUCUUUUAGGAUAAAUGCGGGUCCCAACUAUAUGUACAUAUAAAUGCUGCUGGUUUAUUUUGAAGAGUGGUAAAUAUGAUCUAUUAGACUACAUUUCUCAGAAAAGAUUUUGUUGAAUGAUUAAAUAUCCUUAUCCUCAUAUCUCAACAUCAUGUAGAUUAGGUUUUUUUUUCUGUAAAUAAAAUGUUUAGCAUUUCUCUCUGCUUCAGGCUACAGCAACAAAUCAACAGCUUGAUUGAAUCUAAAAUAAGAUGUGAAGGAUACCGAUCCAAAAUACCGCCUGUCCAUUCCUUCCACAGAUGCUGCCUGACCCCCUGGGUUCCUCCAGCACUUAGUGCUUCGCAUCUUAAAUACAUCUACCAACAUUAUAAAUUUGUUUUUUGCAUCCUUGGUGUCAAGGUGGUCCUUUGGAACAAACCUAAAAGGAUCAUUUUUUUAACGGUUGAAUGAGCGUUUUGGCAAUGCUUUCAUCAUAUUGCAAUAUGAGAAAUGAAUAGGAGGAUUCAGGCACCUUUUAUUAAUUUGUUACUGAUUAAAUAAUUAAAUAAUGAGAUGCAAUGAGUUUUUUUUAAAUGAGUAAAACAAGGAAAUGAGCCAUAAUUUUCCAAUUAUUUCAUUCAGAAUUGUCCAAUUUUAUAUAUUGGACUGUAGUUUAAAAACAACAGCCUUUAAACCUGGAGUUAGAAGCAUUUCAGGAGUGCACCAAUAUUUGUUAAAUUUCUAGAUAUUGUAACCGGCACCAAAUGUUGCUGCUCACAAUCUUUGUCACUUUUGAAUUAUUUGUAAUACUUUUUGGAAAGUGUUGUAUUUCUCACACAGUAGAACACAGUCACGGGUGCAAUGCCCCACCACUUAUAAUUUUUGUGCCGUGUGAAAGUAAGCUGUUUUAGGUGGAUUUUUCUGGCUAACGUGCAAAUUUGCAGUAGAUCCAAUGUCUUGAGUGUCUCACAGCAUUAAUUGCAGCAUGACAAUGAAAGUGCCAUAUAUAAAAGAAAAAUGAUAUUCACUCAGUGACUUUGCACUUGAACAGCAUCUAAAUUGGUAGUCAAUUGGGUAAAUUGAACAUUAUUCACGUUAAAUGCAAUGGCUCCUAAAAUAUUUAAGUACAAAACGUUUGCCUGCAUGUAUUUUAUUGAGAAUAACUUGCAGGCAAAUAUUGAUGAAUCGGUCAAAUUCAGAUUCCUACACCAAUACUACGAGAAUUGAGAUUUCUGUCUGUCGCUAUCUGAAAAAUAUUUUUCAAUGUACUUUUUUUGCCUUGUUCCUGAAAUUUCAGUACUCUAAAAUGGUUUUAACUUCAGCAGCAGAUUUGAUUUUUAUAAUUCCUGAAUACUGUUACUCUACAACCGUUAAGUACUGUUUGACAUUUUUAAUAAUUAAGUGACCUUGUUUGAUUUUUUUUUUUUCCCUUCCAGAAAAAUUGUAAAUGUUAAUUCUAUAUAUUUUCAAAUUUAUUGUAUAAAAUUUUCUUCAAUACCAAUGCAAAUACAAAAUUAUGUCUCUCCAA